CCGUCAUCUCUCCCUCAACCUCUUCCUGCAUCCCUCCCGCCUUUCCAUCGCAACUCUGUCCAGUAUCUUAUUGCCUUCUAAUAAAGGCGAACAGACAUUUCUCUUUUCUCAGCCUGUCUGUCUCAGAGAGGAUUGAGACUCGUGAGCAUCUGACUCGCAAGCGCUGCGGCUACUGGGUCGGCAAUAGACGUGACUUAUUGGCUGAGGAGACGCAAGCCUGAACGAGCCGAGCGAGGUCCAAACCUCCGGGCAAGCUAUGUACGUGGGAGGGCCACACACCGGGUAAUGCACUCCUGGUCGUACGAACGCCCCAUCAGCCAGCUUAAGAACGCGUCCCACACCAGACACCGCGUCCACCAGUCCCACUUCUCGCCCAGCAUGCCGUCCUCGCCCGAGCGCGACCACCCACAGUAUAUCCCCAUCCCGCACCUCCGCUCCGCGAUGAAGUACUCCUCAUCGCGCCCAUCCACGCCCGGCUCGCCACCCGCCCGCGCCUCGCCGCUCGUGCCUGUGAGCAGCACCGUCACGCCCUCGCCCUCCGGCUCGCCGUCCACAUCCACGCUCCUCGCGUCCCCGAGCGCGACCCCGCCCUUCGCCGUGUCCCCGCUCGCCCCGCCUGGCACCCUGGUCGCCGCACAAGGGUACACGCCCAAGGUCUCGUUCGACACGCUCGAGAACCCCCAGGCGAGCAUGUUCUCGUACACGCUGCACGUCCAGAGCGAGGGGUAUUCGCGGAAUCGCAGCACGCGCGUGUUCUUGUGCGCGAGCAGCCCGGACGAGAGCGGCGGCCAGGCGCUCGACUGGGCGCUCGAGGGCCUGGUGCAGGACGGGGAUGAGCUGAUCGUGUUUCGGGGGGUGGACACGGACGAGCUGGAGAAGGACCAUGACCAGUACCGCGAGGACGCGCGCGACCUGAUGCGGUACAUCCAGGAGAAGUGUGUCGAGGACGAUUCGGAGCGCAAGCUCUCGAUCAUCGUCGAGUACAUCGCGGGCAAGGUGCCCCAGACCAUCGACCGUCUCAUCUCGCUCUACCGCCCCGACUCGAUCGUCGUCGGCACGCGAGGUCAGCGGAGCAUGAUGCAGGCGUGGGGCGCCGCGUUCGGUGCGCCUGGAAAGCUCGGCAGCGUAUCGAGAUAUUGUCUGAGCCACUCGCCCGUACCAAUCAUCGUCGUCCGGCCGCAGGAGAAGGUGCGCAAGACGAUGGCGAAGCGUCGCGCGGAUCCGAAACGCGGGUCGCACUUUGAGAACCUUCACAAGACGCGGACCACGACUAAUGGCGCAAACUCGGUGCCGUUGCACUCGACCAUGACUCAGUAGCCCUUUCAAUGGAGAUCGCCGCGCGCGUAAAGAUGAUUUCUGGUGCUCACGUUGGAUUAUGCGCUCUAUUACUAUAGACUAUGUUAAGACAUUGUAUCGAUACAUACUGUGGCUUAUUAUGCGAGUAAAGUGCUUUGAACGGCUGUGUUGAAUGUUGCGAGCCCUACUACCUUGUACUUAUCAACCCACACGUUUAAUGAAGGGCCAAUCAAGCCAAGUGGCCACGGUUACUUACUUGCUUAUUUAGGC